AGACCAAAUAUAAAAGCGGUAAACUCCCUUUCAAAAAAUCAAAACCCAAAAAUCACUUGUUCAUUUUUUUCUAAUCUCCCGCCAUUGCUACUGUAAAGUGAAAAAAUGGAGAUAACAAAGGAGCAGUUAACAACAAGGGAGAUUGGAGGAGCAAGAUACACCAAUUUGAAGUACGCAUUUGACCUUGGAAUUCACUCCUUAUUAACUUCCUGUUCCAAAGAGGCAUUUUGUAAAGCUUUCCCUAAUUUUGCUCCAGUUCAAGUUGAUCGUCUUCAUCGAUUGUUCAUUCAGGUGCUUACUUCCUUGCACGAGGAUAUACAGGAUGAAUUUGAGUCUUUAUGCGUGGAGACACAGGCAGGACCAACACUCAACAUGGUGGAGCAGCUUGUGGAAGAACAAAACUUGGACCCUUUGUUUCCAGAGAAGAGCAAUGUUGAAGAAGUCACUCACUACCUAUCAGAAGCAAAACAGAAUGAGAUCAGCUACUUGACAACUAUGUUGGAGACGGCAGAAGAACAGAAGCGUGCCAUCACUUCUCGUCUUGAAGUCCUGAAGAAAGAAAGGCAUGAUUUCUCCGAUGCUGCUGCUGUGGACAUUGUUAAUAAGAUAUGGACAGUGAUUAAGAAGUACGAUACUAUCAACGAUAUUGGCUUCCAUAACUGAUACUGGCCUCGGCUAAUGCAUCGUAUUUACCUUAGUCCUGUGUCUACUCAAGAGCCUGGAUUAAACUAGAGAUUAUCAGAACUUGUCAUUUCAGGAUACCUGUGAAAUCUCUGAAGUAAGCAAUUACCAUUGCAUUCAAUUUUAAGCAAGUAAACAAGUCUUUGUUUACAUCUUGUUCACUAAAAUGCUUGUAAUAUGACAUGUAUGUGGUAUUAAUUAAGCACCAGUGAAAUGGUUGAAUUUGAAAGAAUUGAACGAAGAGAUGUAUGAGGUAAAAAUCUCAUGUACGGUUCUGUAAAGUGGCAAUAAGGGUGACAGAUUGGUUUCA